AUGGGCGAUUUUAAUGCUCCUGAUGACUUGUUUACCUUGUCUGGUGAUACACACUAUUCUCUUACUCUCCGUGAUCUAGUGUUCAACUUCAAUCUCUCACAAGUUGUUCAAGUCCCUACCCAUAAUAAAGGCAAUACACUGGACAUUGUCUUAACUAGCAUCCCUGAGGCUAUUUCUAAUGUCAUUGCUACCCCUAUCACAUCAUUCAACACUGACCAUUCGGCAGUUAUGUUUCAGGUCUCACACUUACGUGAUGUAUCUCCUACCUUACUUGCUAAACCGGUUUAUGAUUCUUCUAAAGCUGAAUGGACAGGGCUAGUUGAAUAUUUAUUGGAUUUCAACUUUGGUCCCCUUCUUAAUGAUGACAACAUUGAAAGUGUUUGGCUGUCUUUCAAGGACCUUCUCCUCUCAACCCUUCAUCAGUACAUUCCUCUUAUUACUAUCUGUUCUACUACUAAUUAUAUUCCCUGGCUCAGAGGUCCGCUUAAUCACCAACUUAAGAGCCUUCGUACUCUUUGGAGACGAUUCAAAGCUAAUCCUUCCGCUAAUCUGGAGCAGAAGCUACUUAAGGCAGAGGAGGCGUUUGCAACUAACUAUAAGAAUGCUAAACAUAAAGCAAGUACCAGUUUAGGCAAAGCUGAUCUCUUUAAUGCCUACUUUUACUCAGUUUUCACGGAUUGUUCUGAUUUUGAUUUUGAUCCAGCUUUCUCCUCCUCCCAUCAUGACCAGUUCUCUUCCAUCUGUUGUGAGGAGGAUCAGGUGUUUCAGGAGUUGUCUUCACUUGAUGGAACUAAGGCAUUAGGAAUUGAUGGCAUAGGCCCACUUUAUCUCAAACGCUGUCCUGUGGCCCUUACACCACUGACUUAUCUAUUUAAUCUUUUUCUCUCUACUCAUUCCCUUCCUCUGGAUUGGCGAACCCAUCUCAUUCAACCAAUCUUCAAAUCUGGGGAUAAAUGCAAAGUUGCUAAUUAUCGUCCAAUCAGCUUGUUACCAGCCAUAUCUAAGGUCAUGGAGAAAAUUAUCCACAAUAAGAUUGCAGGUCAUAUUAGUGAGGAUAUCUCCCCUGUUCAAUUUGGUUUUAUGCCAUCUCGCUCACCACUCAAGCAGUUGCUAUCCCUGACUUCAGUUACUCAGAAUGCCUUUGAGGCUAAUGACUCUGUAGACUGUGUCUAUCGUGACUUUAAAAAGGCCUUUGAUAGUGUUCCCCAUAAGAAAUUGCUUACUGAUUCCCUUCCAGCUUCCACACUCUUGUUUGCCGAUGACUCCAAACGCUUUAAUAAGAUCUCGUCUACAAUUGAUUGCUCUCUGUUACAAGAGAAGCUUGAUGCAGCUCUCAAAUGGAGUGACAAAUGGGACUUAAAAUUUAACUUAUCCAACACAUCAUUG